AUGGCCUCACGAACUGCCGCGAAGUCAGAUGACACCGCAGACAACUCGAUUGGUAACAUCACGGGGAGCAAUGCGGUCAAUGUUUUGCUGGGCAUGGGAAUCAGCUGGACCAUUGGGGCUGCGUAUUGGGCCCACUAUGGGGUGACUGACGAAUGGAAGAGACAUCAGACCACCGCUGGUAGCUAUGAAGCGCUCUACCUGGGCAAGAAUCCCGAGGGUGGCUUCAUCGUGGUUGCGGGUGCUAUCUCAUUCUCCGUGUCCGCGUUUGCCGUGCUGGCCAUGCUCUGUGUCGCGCUGUGGCCUGGGCUUAUAUGA